AUUGGCUUCAGGGCUUUUCCUCAGGUGGAUCUGUGUGACCUGGAUUAGAUGGAGCAGUACGAAAAAGUUGAGAAGAUUGGUGAAGGAACCUAUGGCGUGGUCUAUAAGGCUCGGGACCGAGUGACCAAUGAAACUACAGCUUUAAAGAAGAUUAGUUUGGAGCAGGAAGAUGAGGGUGUACCAAGCACGGCAAUUAGAGAAAUUUCUCUAUUGAAAGAGAUGAAGCAUGGAAACGUUGUCAGGCAUGUUUAUGUUGAUAGCACUAUGUUUUUAGUAUGAGCCAUUAAAUAUCCUGAAUGUACCGAAUUGAGCUACACAACUAUAAAAAAAAUCCUAGUCUUGAGCUACACAACAUGUAUGUACCGAAUUGAGUCAAACUGUCUUUCAUCCAAAUAUUCUUUGUUUUGUGACUAUAUUUAUUUGUACUCUUCUUGUUAUUAUUGGUGUAUUUAAUUUAAUAACUCCUUUCAUUUAUUUGCAUACUUCUAUGUAUCAUACAGGCUUUAAGAUGAGCAAAAUGUAUAUUUUUUUGACAACUUCAUGAGUUGGUCUACAUUGUCGACUGAAAUUGCAUCCUUAGAAAAAUUGAAAUUGGAUGAGAGUAGGAACAAUCCUUAUGAAAAGCGUGACGUAGGAGGAGCAACAUGA